CGCAUCCCUCUCGACGUCGUUGACCUCCCGAGCUACAGCUUAGCCUCCACUCAGCGCCACGACACUCAACGCAGACACGGUCGCCAGCAGGCUGCACACAGCAGCAGGAGCCGCACACCUCCAGCAGCAAAGAUGGCCCCCAUUUCGACCAAUCCGCUGCAGCUGGACAUCAGGAGUCACAAGAGGUGCCUCAUUAUCUGCUGUGUCGUCACCAUCUCCAGCUUCCAGUAUGGCCUCGACUACGCCCUCGUGGGCGGCUUCAUGGCCAUGCCCGGCUUCCUGAAGGUCUUUGGCUACUACGAUGAAGUUGCCCAAAAGUGGGCUAUCGACCCGACAGUGCAGCAACUUAUCUCCUCCUUGAUGACCAUCGGCACCUUUGUCGGCUCGCUGCUAGUCGGGCCUUUCAGCGCGAAGUUUGGGCGGAGGCAGGGCCUGUGGGCGGCAUCCUUCCUGAACCUCGUCUCGACCGCUAUCAUGCUUGGCACGACCAGCGUUGGGGCGCUGUAUUUUGCGCGUCUUAUCCUUGGCGUCUCGGUCGGGUGGUUCCUCACCUUUGCUCAGAUCUACGUCAACGAAGUUGCGCCGGCCCAUCUCCGAGGCGUCGUCUUCGCCGUCUAUCAGAGCCAGCUCUCCAUAGGCUCCAUUGUUGGCGCUGCCGUCGACUACGGGACGCACACAAGAAUGGGCAUGGACUCGUACCGCAUUCCUCUCGCCGUCUUCUUCUUUGCACCCACCGUCCAGUCGAUUGCGCUCUUCUUCUUCCCCGAGAGCCCCCGCUGGCUGAUGACCCAAAACAAGGAGGAGGCCGCCGAGGCUUCGCUCCGCAAGCUCCGCAACACCAACAUCAAUGAGUCCGAGUUCCAGGCAGAGUUCAACGAAAUCCGCAUCUCGACCGCGCAGCAAAUCGAGAACAGCAAGCAGGGGAAGCAGCUGUGGAUUGAGAUGUGGAAGGGCAAAGAGCGCCGCCGAACCCUCCUCUCGAUCGCUAUUAUCUGCUUCCAUUGUGCCAAUGGCUCUUCGUGGCUGAACAUUUACACGACCUACUUCCUUACCGUUGCUGGCGUCACGCAACCAUUUUCGUACUCCAUCAUGGUGACGUGCAUGGGACUUAUCGGAGUCCUCACCAGCUUGUUCUUUGUCCGCAAAAUCGACCGCCGUGUAAUCGUCCUAUGUGGCGUUGGCGCCUGUGGUCUCUGUCAGCUCGCCUUCGCCAUUGUGUGGACUGUGGCACCGGGAACGGUGGUUGCCGGAAAAGUGGUGAUUGCCUUCAUCUCGCUCUUCACAUUCUUCUACGUCGCCUAUGCACCGUACGCAUGGCUUAUGGGCGGAGAAUAUCCCAACAACCACCUUCGAGCCCACACCUACGGCAUGGGCACCGCGCUGAACUUCCUCGGGAACUGGCUCGGUGUAUUCACCGCGCCUUAUUUCAUCAACCCUGCUAGUCUUGGAUGGAGCGCCAAAUACGGCUACAUCUGGUUUGGAUCGAACAUGAUCUUGUUCGCCUUCACCUGGUUCUUCAUCCCCGAGACGCGCGAUCGCACCUUGGAGGAGAUCCACGAGAUGUUCGAGAACAAUGUCCCAGCGAGAAAGUUCAAGAGCUACGUCUGCGUAAGCACCGAAGCCAUGGCCAAGGCCGCCCUCAAGCGACAGGAGGCCGAGGGGGAGACUGUUCACAUGGAGGAUAUGUCUUCCGAGGGUCGGGCUGAUGGGGAGGAACCGACCACCACCACCACCACCAAGCCUCAAGAGGCUUAAUUACAAGAUGGAAGCCGGGGAUAUGGCAAGACAAGGUCAGGGA